AUGGAAAUACAUUAGCUUCUGGUAGUAGUGAUUGUUCUAUCCGUCUAUGGAAUGUCAAAACAGGGUAAUAAAAAGCCAAAUUAGAUGGUCAUACUCAUUGUGUCUGGUCAGUCUGUUUCUCUCCUGAUGGAAAUACAUUAGCUUCUAGUAGUAGAGAUAACUCUAUCCGUCUCUGGGAUGUCAAAACAGGAUAACAAUAAGCCAUAAUAGAAAGUCAUAGUAACUAAGUUUGGUCAGUUUGUUUCUCUCCAGAUGGAAAUAUAUUAGCUUUUGGUAGUGGUGAUAAGUCAAUUCGUCUAUGGGAUGUAAAGAAUGAAUAAGAAAUUUAAUCUGAUUACAAUAAAUAUAAAGAUAUUCUAGCUUAAUUUAAGAUUCCAUUCUAAUAAAAUACACCUAUAUCAGAAGGUUAUAUUUAUAAUUUUUAUAUUUUAGUUUCUAAUUUUAUUACAACUCUUGUGAUAUCCCAAAAGGCAAUAUUUCAAGCUAAAGGAGCUUUAAUUCUGAAAGGAGAAUUUAUAACUAAAUCCGGUAUAGAUUUAAAGACAUUGUUCAAAUAAAAAGGAAGUUACUAUUUAGAAGACUAAUCGAAAAAAUGA